UACGACCAACGAAGGGACUCGGAGACUUUGGAAAGGUGUGGGAUCUGUGGUCAUGGGUGCCGGUCCGGCCCACGCUGUUUAUUUUGGAACAUAUGAAAUCAUCAAGGAAUCGCUCGGUGGCAAUCAGCAGGGUCAGCAAAUCUUGGCGACAGGUGUUGCGGGCUCAAUGGCUACUAUUGCAAGUGACGCAUUAAUGAACCCAUUUGACGUUAUCAAGCAGCGCAUGCAAGUACGCGGAUCUCAAUUCAAGACGGUCCUAGAAACUGCCCGCGCUGUUCAUCAGAAGGAAGGACUGCGCGCAUUCUACAUAUCAUAUCCAACCACAUUGACUAUGACUGUUCCUUUCACCGCGGUCCAAUUUUCAACAUAUGAAGAACUCAAACGACUCGCCAACCCUACAAAUUCAUAUUCCCCUUUAACACAUGUAGUCUGUGGUGGUAUAUCUGGUGCAGUCGGCGCUGCAAUCACCACUCCAUUAGAUGUUUGCAAAACAUUGUUACAAACAAAGGGUACCUCAACAGAUCCGGCAAUACGAAAUUGCAAAGGUAUGAUCGAAGCCUUUAAACUUAUCUAUC